AUGCAACAAGAAGUUUCCGAGAAACAACCGUUACUGAGUAGCAGCUUCGAACAAGGUGAAAAUACACGACUGUAUCAGACGACACCUCAGCAGCAUCAGGUUGUCGUGAAGUCGGUAUUGCGACGAAAACGGAGCACAACGGUGGUAAAUGCCGCGAACGCUCCUCGAAGGAGGUAUAAUAUUUUGCUAUUCGGUGAUAGUUUAACUGCAGGCUGGUGUGAAGGCGGUUAUGGAACUUAUCAUCCUUAUGGUUUAAGACUUCAAAAACGGUUUGACGACGAAGGAUUAGACGUUGAAGUUACCGUGAGUGGUGUUCCAGGUGAAUGUUGCGUUCACAUGGAAGAAAGGUUGAAACGUGAACUUGAACAGCCUGGUAAAUGGUAUGAUUGGAUAGUCAUCUUGGGAGGAACCAACGAUGUGUUCCAAGGAUAUUCUGCAUGGGACAUAUUUGAUGGACUAAAGAAACUGUACACACUUAGUUCUAAACACGGAGCUCGCAUUUUGGGAAUUACAAUACCCGAAUUUGAUUGGGACUCCGUAAAUCAUUUGGACUACCAACGGCGAAUAGUUAAUGAACAUUUAAAUGUGUAUAAUAAUAGUACCACCCGAAAUGCGUAUCAACUUUUCCUUCUCGACAAGUUUCUCCCGAUGAACUCGCUUACUGAAGAACAACGUAAAAUAUUCUGGGAUUCCGACGGUACUCAUCCGACAGAGGAUGGGUAUGACCUUAUGGGCGAUAUGCACCCUGCGCCCACAACAUCUUUUUAUCAUACACACACAAUUUUCAUUGUUUCAACAUCCCCGAUCCUAUCCACUUUGACAACUCGACUGCGAAAUGAACGCCACAAGUACAUGAUUAUUGACGCUGGUCACUGCUAUUGGAAAUUACCUAAGGAUACGGAACCGCCGCUGGUCACUGCCAAUGGGCCUAAGCCUAACUAUUGGAUUAUAGGGAUAUUAGCGCAAUGCCUUUCUACUUUUAGCUCUUAG